GUGCAUGUGUCUCUCAGUUCGAACAAAGCCUUAAAACCACUUCUCCCCUGCGAUUUGGUCUCUGAAGCUCGAUUUCGUGAAUGAAAUCGUUGAUAUGGCGAACCUGAAUCCAUCGCUCUUACUCUUCCUAUCUCUAAACUUGCUCCAUUUGUUUCAUACGGUGUUUGCCAGAGGCGGUGAACGUGAUUCAGGUUUUGUGGAUAUAACAUAUGCUGCUUCAGGAAGGCAUUUGUCCGAAGAAAGUCACUUUCAGAAACUUAAUAAGUUGGCUCAUGGAUAUAUGACUAAUUCUGAUCUUGAGAAGGCUAUCAAGGCAUUCCAUGGUAGAUGUGGUCGCAUUUCCAGGAUAUACAGUAUUGGGAAAAGUGUCUUGGGAGUUCCACUGUGGGUGUUGGAAAUUUCUAAUAAUCCUGGGAAGGAAGAGGCUAAACCUGCUUUCAAGUUUAUUGGGAAUGUGCAUGGAGAUGAACCUGUAGGGCGUGAACUUCUCUUGCUUUUAUCAAAUUGGCUGUGUGACAAUUAUAUGAAGGAUCCCUUGGCAACACUGAUUGUGGAUAAUGUCCACCUUCACAUCCUUCCAACAAUGAAUCCUGAUGGGUUUUCAUUAAGAAAACGUGGUAAUGCAAACAACAUUGAUCUCAAUCGUGAUUUUCCAGACCAGUUUUUUCCAAUGAAUGAUGAUUUAAACGAAAGACAACCAGAGACAAAAGCGAUUAUGAGAUGGUUAAAAGAGAUACAUUUCACAGCCUCUGCUAGUCUUCAUGGGGGAGCACUUGUUGCAAAUUAUCCAUGGGAUGGAACCGAUGAUAGAAGCAAAAGUUACUUUGCAUGUCCUGAUGAUGAAACUUUCAAAUACAUGGCAAAGUUGUAUAGUGGCUCUCACUUUAACAUGUCUCAAAGCAGCGAAUUUGAAGAAGGAAUAACAAAUGGGGCUCAAUGGUAUCCCAUCUAUGGUGGCAUGCAAGACUGGAACUACAUAUUUGCUGACUGUUUUGAACUGACCUUGGAGAUCAGUGACAACAAAUGGCCUCCUGCUAAUGAGCUUCGCAUGAUAUGGCAACAUAACAAAAGGAGUAUGCUUCAUCUUGUUGCAAGCAUUGUCAAGUCAGGAGUACAUGGAAGGAUCUUUUCGUCAGAUUGUGGAGAGCCUUUGCCUGCAACCGUUGCAAUAAAGGAUAUAAAUUACACAAUUAAAGCAAGUGAAAGAUUAGCUGAUUAUCACCGUUUAUUGGCCCCUGGACAACAAUAUGAAGUUAUAGCAACAAUGGCUGGUUACAAAACACGAACAACAACCAUCACAAUGAAGGAAGAAGCAGUGACACUGGAUUUCAUACUCGAGCCAGACACCCAUUUUUUACCAAAUCAGUGUAGUAGUAAAAGUAAAAGUAAAAGUAAAAGUAAAAGCAGUCUGAAAAUUUCUGAGCUUUUACCAAAAUCCCAGCUGGAGGUGUCUCUAACUUUAGUUGUAGUUUUGGGUUUUCUGUUUUUCCUGAUGAAAAGAAAAGCCAUCAUUAACCAUUUCAAACUGCGAAAAUCCCAACAACAAAGACGAGUCUCUGCUGUAUAAGUAUAAGAAGAUUCCACAACUGCAAGUCUCUGUGUGUGUGUGUGUGUGUAUGUGUAUUUAAUUCCUAUCCAACUUUAACGAUGCACACGAGCACAUCUCUUGUUAGAUGGACCAUCAACGUUUAGGUGUACAUGUAUAAGUGUUGUAAACAAUAUUAUUUUUACACAUCACCCAAUCAUAUACCAAAAUCAAAGAUAUUUAGUUCCGGAA